AUGGCAUCCAGAUCAACAGGAAAGCGCCUCCCAAUAAGCUGCCAGGCCUGUCGAACACGAAAGAUCCGCUGCUCACGGGAUGGCCGGCCAUGCCAGACCUGUGUACGACGCGGUCUCGGCGCAGAAGACUGUAUCUACCUCGGCCAGCCGCGUCUUUCAGCUGAACAGUCUUCGCCCGACAGCGCUAUGCAGACGGAAUUAUUAGCCCGCAUUCGAAACUUGGAAGCCUUGCUCCAGAAACAGAUGACCUCCCAGGCUGGAACACCUACCGGUGGCACGGUGUCGCCACUCGGUGGGACCAGUGCAGCUGGUAGUCUCUCCGAGUCUGAUGUUGGACCUGGUUUUGAGUGGGAUCCUUCAAACUCUAUGAUGAAUAAUGUUGGCUCACUGCAUACUUCAUCCUCCGGUCAUGUCCGUUAUGUGCCACUUGCGUCGCAAUGGGAGAGUUUAGUGGCAAAGAGCCCCGCUGCGGAGUGUUUGAGGAGCAUUGAUUCGGAUAUCGCGGAGGAUGAUGAUGAUCUGCAGAUCCCACUGGCGAAAAAUGGAAGUAUCUCGCGCGCGGAGUUGUUGGCUAUGCUCCCCCCUGGAAGGUAUUGUGAUACCUUGAAAGAUGUCUACUUUCAGGUUUUCUCCACAGUUUUUCACAUCCUUCACGACUUGACUUUCGAAGCUGAGUACCAGCAAUUUUGUCAUGAUCCCGUCAGUGUGUCGACAUCAUGGCUAGCCUUGUUGUUUGCUAUUCUUGCAAUUGCCGUGAGCGCACUUGAUGAUGAUCAUCCUCUUCUUUCAGAUCUAGGGCGGGAGCGGACGGUCAGUCGUAAUAUCAAGGCUCUUUCCGCGCGAUAUCGCUCCGCCGCGUUGCGGUGUCUUGCCGCUGAUGGGGUGAUGUCCCGACAUUCAAUCAAUUCGCUACAAGCCUUGGUACUCAUCAGCUAUGCCCGCGUCCAUCGUGGUCUACCGAUCUGGACACUGCUAGGAUUCACCCAUCAUGUCGCGAUAUCAAUGGGUUGUCAUCUCGACCCAGAGAGAUUCGCCCUGGGACCGAUUGAACGUGAAGAACGACGACGAGUCUGGGCUGGGUUGAUGAUGCUUUACACCAUCCAAAACACGGCAUUUGGAAGCCUGGAUCAGCAAACCAUGACACAAGACGUGAAAAUGCCCGCAGACAUUGACGACGUCGAUCUCCUCACCAGUCCAACUAUGACCAGAUCUGUACCAUCACCAGAAACCUCCCGCCCAACUCAGAUGACAUAUCUUCUCUUCAACUUCCGCCUCUCCAAGAUUUCGGCUAAAAUCUGCGAAACAAUCUUUAGCUACCCAAGAACAUCUCGCUACAGCAUUUCUACGAUCGAAGCGGAAAUCAUUUCCGUCCGCGAAAUGAUCGAUGCUCGUUAUACACUCGAAACAAAGGAUGCACUACCUGUUCACCACCAAGCAAAUCACCACAUCCUCUACAGCCAGAUCCACCAAUUACUCCUUCUUCUCCUCCGCCCAAGUCUCUGUCGCUACCUACAAGGCGAGAUCACACCCGAAACAUGCGCCUCGAGAGCCAAGUGCAUUGCAUCUGCCAAAGCAUCACUCUCAAUAUUCCAGACUCUGCUCGAGUCACCCCCCUUCAAACCAUAUAAAUGGUAUACCAGCGGACUAGGCAGUUUCCAUGCAUUCCACGCCUCCGUUACGUUGGCAACCAUCCUUCUUGUCCCAGAAAGCCAAUCUGAGUACGAAGAGACCAAAGAGAUCCUCGACCGAGCAUUGGACAUGUUCGCCUCACUUUCCGUGAGGAGCGUCUUCUGUAGCAAAGCCGUCCCGGUGCUUCGGCAAAUGAUCGACGUCGCCUCAACCAAAUACAACCCCCAAAACCUCACACACUCCCAAUCCCACCUCCAAGCACAAGCACAAGCCCAAGCUCAAGCACAGGCCCAGCUCCAGCAAACGCAUACCAAUCUCCAAAACCAACUCCUGAACACAAUCCACACACCCCUCUCCACAAUGUCCACUCUCUCUCCCGUGAUGGGAAUGCAGGAUAAUUUCGUCCUCUCCCACCCACACUCGCAGUCCGGCUCACCGGUCCCAACAAUCGGAUCGACAUCCAGUGAGCCAAUCAUGCACUCCAGCUUUGGCCAGAUGCACCCACAGAACUGGAUCGGGCCUACCUCCGUGCCGUGGGAUACAAUGGGUGCUAUUGGGGGCUACCGGUAUGACGCGGGCUCUUAG